GACUGCUCACUGAGUUACCUUUUGCAGAAGGAGUUUGCACACACUGUUAAACAGGGAAGGAGGAAAGUAGCCAGCCAUGCAGAGGCUUUUGAUCAAAGGCGGGAGAGUUGUGAAUGACGACCGCUCGCAAGUGGCUGAUGUGUACAUAGAGGAUGGGGUUGUGCGGGCCGUGGGGCUGGAGCUGAACCCGGGAGCGGCUGCUGGGCUCCAGGUGGUCGAUGCCACCAACAAGCUUGUUCUGCCUGGGGGGAUCGACCCCCACACGCACUUGCAGUUCCCUUUCAUGGGAACUCACUCCAAAGACGACUUCUAUCAAGGGACAAAGGCUGCUCUAGCAGGAGGAACCACAAUGAUCAUUGACUUUGCAAUUCCUCACAAAGGUUGUUCUCUCAUUGAAGCCUAUGAGCAAUGGAGAGGCUGGGCUGAUCCAAAAGUUUGCUGUGAUUACGCAUUACACGUGGCAGUCACUUGGUGGAGUGACAAGGUCAAAGAAGAAAUGAAAAUUCUUGCCCAGGAGAAAGGCGUCAAUUCCUUUAAGACUUUUAUGGCGUAUAAAGGCCUCUAUAUGAUUGGAGAUGCAGAGUUACAUGCAGCCUUUUCUCAGUGCAAGCAAAUUGGGGCAAUUGCUCAAGUGCAUGCAGAGAAUGGGGAUUUGAUUGUAGAGGGUGCAAAGAAGAUGUUAAGCCUGGGGAUAACUGGCCCAGAGGGGCAUGAAAUGUGUCGUCCAGAAGAAGUGGAAGCUGAAGCCACGCACAGAGCAAUCACCAUUGCGUACUCUGUGAACUGCCCCCUUUACGUAGUUCACGUGAUGAGCAAGUCUUCAGCCAAGGUGAUUGCUGAUGCACGAAGGGAAGGGAAAGUUGUGUAUGGGGAGCCUAUAGCUGCCAGUCUUGCUACAGAUGGAACUCACUACUGGGAUAAUGACUGGUCACAUGCUGCAGCUUAUGUGAUGGGACCUCCACUGAGACCAGAUACUUCAACUCCGGACUUUCUUAUGAAUCUCCUGGCAAAUGGUGACCUGUCUGUGUCUGGGACAGAUAACUGCACCUUUGACACCUGCCAGAAGGCUUUGGGGAAGGAUGAUUUUACAAAAAUCCCAAAUGGGUUAAAUGGUGUGGAGGACAGAAUGUCAGUUCUAUGGGAAAAAGGUGUUCACAGUGGCAAAAUGGAUGAAAACAGAUUUGUGGCUGUUACCAGCACUAAUGCAGCUAAAAUCUUUAACAUGUACCCAAAGAAAGGGAGAAUUGCUGUGGGCUCCGAUGCAGACAUUGUCAUUUGGGACCCAAAGGCUACAAGGACCAUCUCGGCAAAGACCCAUCACCAGGCUGUCGACUUCAAUAUAUUUGAAGGAAUGGUCUGCCACGGGGUGCCACUUGUGACCAUUUCACGUGGGAAAGUGGUUUAUGACCGAGGAGUCUUCCAUGUGACAGCAGGACAGGGAAGAUAUAUUCCUCGCGAACCAUUCCCUGAAUAUGUCUACAAGCGGCUCAGACAGCGGGAUCAGGUCUGCCAGCCUGUCCCAGUCCAGCGGGCCCCAUAUGCGGGCAAAGUGAUUUCGACCAUCCCAGCAAAAAAAUAAAUCACACAAUAGUUCAGUCUUCAGGUAAUCUUCCAUAGGUGUACACCAGUGAUGCUCAUUCCAUCUCUUGACCAAGUGCAAAAAAAAAGCAACCCUGGAUGGGCUUCGCACCACCCACUUCACAGUACUUCUUUGCCAAAUCCAGAGGCUUCUCUUUAUAGUAUCAUUUAGAAAAAGUAUGUAUUCUUGCAAAUGUAAACCAUUCAGGUACUUCUCACACAAGGAAACCUAGGCACUGGAGUUCCCAUGGAGUGUUUCUAUAAGAAGUGUGGGUUAUUGUCAGGAUGCCUGGAAGUUGGGGCUUUGGGGGCAUGCUAAGCUUUCCUGUGUUUUACUGGAGUUGGGGGUUGGGAAUGUGCUGCUUCGGUUUGGCACUGCCAGGUGCUGGCCAAAGCUAAGCUUUUAUCUUGUCUGCAUUUCUUCUCUCUUCUCAUCACUGGUUGUAACUGUUGUUCCCAUGGUGGUGGUGGGAGGGGGAGGAGGCUGGUUCAUAUUACUGUGCAUUGCGCGGGAAAAGACCAUUCUGGCUUUUCCAAGCUGUCCUUUGGAUGAAUAAACCUCUGUCCUAUA